AUGGAUGGAAAAAGGAUCUUAGUCGAACGCACGGAUCCGAAUAUACGUAAUGGAGUCCUUGAUUCAUUGGAGUUCAUCACUUCGCGAGAAUUUGAGAGCAGAGCUUUCGAGAUAUCUCAGCACCUCACGAAGGAAGCAAUUCCGAAAAGCAUCAAGCAAAAGACGCAUUGGAGGCUCAAGAGAAAAUCCGCUUCAUAUAAUGUAAAGCGAUUGCCUCGGAGUUUGCGGUCAAGGGCCCGUCUGGAAAACCUUCAAAACGGGGCUCCCCAGCACAAAACGAAAAAGCUAAAAAGGGUGAAGCUAUAUAAAUCGAAGCAGCGAUUGAAACUUACGAAACUUGCCUGGAAAUUGCGCAACAUGAAGGUUCAAAUCACCAUACCUAGUGGUGGCAUCAAAGAGCGUAUUCAAAGCUUGCAAGACCAAUUGAUAGCAGCCAAAAAUGGCCAGGCAAAGGAGCUUAACAAUAUGAAUGGAUCCUAUGACAACUAUGCUACAAACAAACUAUGCCUGCCGCAUGAUAAUGUGAGGUAUGGAAACCGUCAGAAUAGGAUUAGAUGGAUCCCAAAUCAUGUAUGGCACGCCAAACGUUUUCACAUGUCUGAGAAAUGGGGCUGGAAAAUUGCAAUGGCCCCAACUAGAAAAUGCUUUCGCGAGACUAGGAGAGCAGUUCAGUGGUCUGCCGUAGCUAGUGACACGUCGUACUUUGGCACAUUGGUGAUCAGAUGCCAAAGCAUAGAUUUGGCUAAAACAGCACUCAAUAAGUUUACAGCUUAUAGUGGUGCUAUUCCUGAAGACAUCAUAGCCGGCAAAAAUGUGUACGAGGGUUGGUUUUACGUCGAUGAUGAACGUUAUGCGUUGAUCUCUGCGUUUUUUCAGAAGGAACUGAAUAGUAUUCUCAUGCGAAUUCACCCGGCUGAUUUUGAAGCCUGCUUUCAAGCCAUUUUGAAAUGGGUUCAAGCGCACGAUGGUGUCGAAGUUGAUGACUGUAGGUUCGCUUUAGGAAGUAUAGAGCUCCGAGGCCCUAAAGCACUCAUCCACUUUCUCAAAAUCUCAUAUCACCAAAGCAACAAUAAGGAAUUCCAUGAUUUUUUUCAUACAAUACAGAUGCUGAAAGAAAAGUUCUAUGAUGAGGUUGUGCCUUAUCAAUUCAACAGAUCCCUGGAUGAAUCUUCGAAUGAAUCAUCCAACGACUCUUCUAAUGAAAUGCUUGGAGGUUCAUCUGAUCGAUCCCUAAGUGAAAUGAAUGAUUUCUCUAAUGUCAAUUCGGAAGGGAGUGUCGAUCAUCAAUCGAACUCUGAAGUGCAAUUGAAAAACGUUUUCUCAUUCAUUAUGAGAGAUCCUCGAAUCACAUUUGCGAGUGAACGUGACAGACCAAACCUAAAUCUUCUUUAUAAUCUAUCCCAGUUGACUAAGCUGGCCCUUCGCCAUGAAGUGAAUUUAACGUCCCUUUUGAUACCCGAAGAGCGAGAUGGGGUUUACAGCUUUAUGCAUUCAUUCAAAAAAAGGCCUCGAGGCGAAGAAGGUAUUUCUAGAUAUUCGUCAGAUUUUCACAUGGAAAGGCGAUCAUUGACCGCAUUUCCAGUUCUAGUUUACAAACUAAAAAAUCAGGCCUGGUGCGUUACAAUGCCAUGGUUUUUUAUUCAACCCACUUGGACACUGCUUCGAAAAGUCGCAAAAAGCAGAGAGAUUGGACUCAGACAAAUGCAUCAGCUCGAUACGGAGGCUUGUCGACCACAUUACCCGUAUGACUAUCCCUAUACAAAAGCUGGUUUUGACGAACACCAAAAGAAUUCAAGCGCUCAAAAGUCAAAUUACGAGAGACUUGCAACGGUGGAGAGAACUUCUUUCGAUGAUGUAGAACGUCCUAUUCUUCCCGGCUGUGACUGGGAGUUUUUGCGUUGUGUUGCUUUUCAGUACUAUGGCACUCAUACAAAACGACUGGUCACUGAAGGUAGAAAAAGUCACAAUGGCGGUCAAAUAACUAGUUUUACCACCAAUAAUGGAAAAUGCUUGGACUCCGAAUCAAGCGAUAAAUCUAAGCCUCCAGUUGUUGAAUUCACUAUGAAAAACACAUACCAUGAAGCUUUUAUUAGAGGAGACUUAAAAACGGAGCUGAUGGAGCAGCAUGUUCUUCCUGUCGUGCAAAGAGUUCUCAAACCAAGAUGUAAGGGCGUUCUAAAGGCCGAUGCCAGAAUUUACUCAAAUUGUUUUGGGAAAGGACAUGAAACCCUAAUUGGCUUCGUCACAUCUGCUUCCUUCAACCAACACAAAAGCACUGCAAUUGGAGUAUUGAAUGCCCAAUACAAGGAUUGGGGGACAGUUUACGUGAGAAACUCUGGAUCCUUGAAGUAUAUACCAGUCAUAGCAACAGAAAUUUCCAAAGGAAAGUGUCUGAGAUUUGAUUGGUGA